UGUUCGUUAUAAUGUAUGCACAGAAAUUAGAGGAGAGCGAGCGAUAAAAAGAAAAAGACAUUGAUCAUCUUCCUCUCUCUCUCUCUCUCUCUCUUUCUUCUUUCUCUCUCCCGGAAAAAUUAAAAAAAAAAAAAAAACCCAAAAAAAUUCAAUCUUGGCUCCGGCAUCGCCGAUUAAAUUGUUUUGGCUAUUUUCUCUCGGCUCUAAUUGUUCUGUCUUUGAAGUUUAGACGUGUUUGAUCACAAAAUUUGUUCAUGACUCCAAGAAAUUUCCCAUAUAUGGUGGUUUGUAUUCGCAUGGAUGAUUGGAAUCUGGAUAUUAGCGCUGGGGUUGGAAUGACAAUAUACAACAUUUUCUAUAUGAAAGAAGCAGGUUAAUAGAAGAAAGCUCAGAUUUACUGAACAAAAUACCUUCACCAAAAUCAUUGAAUGCUUGGCUGUAGAGGGGGAACAUCUAUGCUAUCAGAUUAUCUGCAGGAGUUUGAAUAGAUAGACGUCCUAUAUCAUUAAAUUUUAUUAUCAACAUGAGGCAGAGAAUGCCACGCACUAGUCAGAUGGUUGAUUUAGAAAUGGACCGACAAGGUCAGAAUUAUCUUCAUGCUGAGCCCUCCGUCAUUCUGCCAGGCACAUCUAACUUCCCUCAGCAUGGCAUGCAGUCUAUGGUUACAGCUUCAGGGAAUGCACCGAAUCCUGAGACGCAUUAUCUUCCUGAUCCUUAUGAUGUUUCAAUGUUACAUGGUUUAAAUCAGUACGGCAGUGUUCAACAUCAUCAUAGUUUAGGUUUAAGUACUGCAGCUCCUGGAAAUUAUUAUUACUCUUAUAUUACUCCGCCAUCAAGUAAUGGGUUAUUACCUGCACCUCUAAAUCAUAAUGUGACCGAUCAGUUGCCAUCUUCCAGCAAUUAUGGCAUUCAGACUUCUUCUAAUGGCUAUGGUAGGAAUACAUAUUUUGUGGAUGAAAUUAGUGAUCCACGCAAGAGAAAAAUUACAGAAGGGAUUCCUGGGAAUGUUCAACACUUGAAUGGUCUGGCCAGCACUAGUUCUUCAAUGCAUUUGUCGAAUUCAAGGCUUCCUGAUGAGGUUGCUAUGGUGGGAGCAUCAUCUUUCCCCCCGCCUCAGAGUAGAUGGAGUGGACCUCGGAAUAGUGCUAGAGCAGGAUCAAGUGGAACUAGGCGUGACUCUAUUCUACCACCUGACCACAAUCAUUCAACUAUUGGAAAUAAUAGGGGUCAACACCUUCAGCCCACAAAUUCCUCUUUCUGGUUGGACCAACACUUGCAGGCUAAUUGUGGUAAUGGAAGUGCUUCAUCUUGGAAUCAGACCUCUACUGCACCUUUCAUGCACGGAACUAAUACAAAUGGAGGUUUGUUGGAAACAAUGAAUUUGGGUGUGCAUAGAUAUCAUGAAACGGCCGGGAACAGGAAUUCUAGAAAUAUCCAACAUCCUUCUGUUAACCAUGGCCACCACAUUCACAACCACCCGUCUGCAGUUGUGCAAAGAAUUAGAGGUCAUAAUUUCCAGUUCUACCCCCAAGUGACAGCAGCUUCAUAUGGAUUUCCUUUGAAUUCUUCAUAUGGAACCAUGAAUCCUCAUAGUCUGGAGAUAGGGCGUAGGCAACCAGGAGCAGUUGCACCUACUGGUCAUGGACUGCACCGGAUUCCACGAGCAAGUGUUGCUGCUGACACUACAACUAGACAUCAUAGCAUUCCUCAGUUGAGAUUCUUGCAGGCUGAUGAGGUUGCAUUACUGGAAAUUCCAGAUUUAUACGAAGUGGGGAAUUUAGUUGACCAUCACAGGGACAUGCGAUUGGAUAUAGAGGAUAUGUCUUACGAGGAACUUCUCGCUUUAGGGGAGCGAAUCGGUAAUGUCAGCACCGGAUUAACAGAGGAAAUCAUUAAAACACAAUUAAAGACAAGGAGCUAUAUAGCAUCUACAACGGUCGUUAAUCUGGAGGAGGAGGAGGAGGAGGAGGGUUCAAAUUUGGAUCAGGAUGUCGAUUACUGUAUCAUUUGCCAGGACCACUAUCAGAACCUUGAGAAAGUUGGAACCCUCUAUUGCGGACACGAAUACCAUGCAAGUUGCUUAAAGAAGUGGCUGCUUGUCAAGAAUGUCUGUCCCAUCUGCAAAUCAGAAGCACUGGCGACUGAUAGAAAGGAACGAUGACGAUCAGAGCUUUGUUUAAAUGAAGAGGCUCUUGAAUCUUGUUCCUUACAACUCCUCAUCUAUCUAUCAAUGCAGUUAGCUGAUCUUUUGUUGACUUUUGUAUAUGUACUUGCAUAUAAAUAUAAAUAUAUGACUUAUAAGGUAACUGUCCAGCUCAUUUAUUUGUUGGCUUCCAGAAUAUGGAUCCUGUUGUAUUUAUAAUACAUUGUACAGACUUAUUUCUCUUUUAUCUUUCGUGCUGUACUGACUUGGUAAUUAAGGCACAUUGUUCAAAUUAUGUACACUUGAUGAAUUUGGAAGAUUGUGGGUCUUUGCAGGAUUAUGUGAUUCAUCAUCAAUAGUGUUAGAUUGUUGAUGGUCACAUUUGUAAAUGGGACAGCUUCAGAUUGAAAUUGCAAUUGAAGUAAUACAAUUGUAUAUGCUUCCAAUA